CGCCGCCGCCCACGGCCCGCCGAUGCGGCAGGGACCUCCCCUUUAACGGCGGCAACUCCGCGCUCCGCUGACCCCACGGCGGCUGCCGCUGCUAACAGCAGCUCCUGCUGCCUCAGCCGCCGGCCUCGGGCAGCUGCAUCCUCACCCGGGCUGGGUCCCCGCCCCGCCAUGGUGUCCUGGAUCAUCUCUCGCCUGGUGGUGCUCAUCUUUGGCACCCUGUACCCAGCCUAUUCUUCCUACAAGGCCGUGAAGACAAAAAACGUGAAGGAAUAUGUAAAAUGGAUGAUGUACUGGAUAGUCUUCGCCUUCUUCACCACAGCUGAGACGCUUACGGAUAUAAUACUGUCCUGGUUCCCCUUCUACUUUGAGCUCAAGAUUGCCUUUGUGAUAUGGCUGUUGUCCCCUUACACCAAGGGCUCCAGCGUCCUGUACCGCAAGUUCGUGCAUCCAACACUGUCCAACAAGGAAAAGGAGAUCGAUGAAUACAUCACACAAGCCCGAGAGAAGAGCUAUGAGACCAUGAUGAGGGUGGGCAAGAGGGGCCUGAACCUGGCUGCCAAUGCUGCAGUCACGGCUGCUGCCAAGGGGGUUCUGUCGGAAAAGCUCCGGAGCUUCAGCAUGCAGGACCUGACUCUCAUCCGAGAUGAGGAUGCAUUACCACUUCAGGGGCCGGAUGGCCGCCUCCCACCCGGCCCUGUGGGUCUCCUGGACACUAUCGAGGACUUAGGAGAUGAGCCUGCCCUGAGUCUAAGGCCUAGCACAAGCCAGCCAGAUCCCCGGACAGAGACCUCAGAAGAUGACCUGGGAGACAAGGCACCCAAGAGGACCAAGCCUAUCAAAAAAGUACCCAAGGCUGAGCCACUGACUUCCAAGACGCUGAAGACCCGGCCCAAGAAGAAGAGUUCUGGAGGGGGCGACUCGGCUUGAGAGGAUCAGCUCCCCCGUCCCUCCAUCUGUAGGACAUAGCAAGCACCGAGAAGAGCUGCAGCCUUGGCCCCUCAGACAGUGGGUCACUAGCCCCAGGUGUUUCAGACCCGCAAACCCCCUAGAUGGUUGUUUCCAAUACCCCCUUCCCAUGAAUACUCCUCCAGAGGGGGCUUGGCAAAGAGGAGGUUGAGGGCGGAUGUGAUGACUACGCCCUUGUGGAGGUGGCGGCUCCGCGGCCAGCGCUGCUCUUCUUGCUGCUCCAGUCCCACCCUGCCCGUCCAGUGCCUUGCUGACCAUGGCCAUCCCUUCUCUGAGGCCUGACCUGCCGGCUCCCCCCUCCAGGGAGGGGACCUUGAGAAGGGGAAGAAACAGGGCAGACCUGGGAGGAGGGUGUUCCUCGGGCACAACCAUGCGCGGAGACACGGGCUUUCAAAAGCGGCAUGGCCAAGCCAGAACUGUGGCUAGUAGGGCUGUGUAUUCUACCAAAAAAAGAGGUGAGACCCAAGGGUGUGUGUGCUGGGGAGGCUGGGUGAAGUGGUCAUCUCCUCCCUACGUCAGCCCUGGUCUUUCUUCCUCUUUAUCCUCCCCUGCUGGUCUCUGAACCUCAGGACUCAAGCCCUUGACAGAACAAGGCUCCGAGGGACCCCUCCCUCCCCUUCCACCCUUGAUCCCUUUUAUACAUUCAUGCAGUAGGCUGGACUCCUCUACUCCUAGGCUACACCGCAGAGGCCCUGCCAAGCUGGCUCCUUUCCUCUCCUAUAAAGGGGACCCAUUGUACCUUGCCAUGGGGUCCUCUUCCUGUGCCAAGCAACCUCCCCUGUCAGAACCAACCUGGAUCCCACCCCUGGCCCGGGUUCUGGCAGCCUCAUUGGGGCCAGGCGGAACCUGUGAAGGGAAGGAAAUGCAGGAGCUGAGAGGCUCCCAGUUCCACGGUUCCCACUGGACCUUGGCACUGGGUGAGCCAAUAAACGAAACUCUGACAGUUCCUUU